AUGGAAAGCGAGAUAAGUAUGGCAGCUAAAAUGCUGUCUCUUCCUCAGUCAUUGUUUUUGCAACCCUCGUUUCUGCACCAUAAUCUAGCAAAUGAGUACUGGGUUGAAAAAUGUUCUUCUCACCCUGGAUACAGCCUACUUAAACCAUCUGAAGGUGAACAGUGGCGUCCUGUCAGUUCAUUUUCACCUCAAGUACUACGAGAAUUACAUCAUUUGUUAGCUGAGUGGAGAUCAGAUGCUCGUGAACGUGUGGCAUGCAUGGAAGAGGAAGAAAGACGGCAUAUCCUCGCUUCAGUUGGUAUCCAAGCAUUUUCAGAGGAUGCAGCAUCUCGAAGGUUUAAGCAUACAUCCGGUAAUUGCAGUAUCAAGAAAUCACAUAAAAAUUCUGAUGUUUCCAUAACGUCAGACAGAGUCGCAUCAUGGAAAAGUUCAAACAUUUCUUCAGGUAUGCGCAAACGGAAAGCAACUCAAUUAAUUCGCGGAGCUCGGUCUUCUAAGUUUGGUCGUCCAUCCACCCAUCCUCAGAAUUCAUCCUGGUCACGAAAAUACUGUAAUAAAUCAGUGUUGAAAAGGCGUGAAUUACCCAAAACAUCCUCCUCGUCUGAAAAGCUAAAAAAGAGUACUCAUAAUGACACCAUACCACAAUGUCUUGAUGAAGAUGAAGAAGAAGAGGAAGAUCAACUUACUACCAUAAUUUCUCGUCAACGUCAAGCGUUUUCCGCACGUGCAGCUGCUGGUCGUCCAAGUGUGCGUAAAACGAAGUCAAAUACUGAAAGCAGACUUGUAACUACUCACUUCGCUACUGUUUCUUGUGUUCCAGCUUCUAGGAGACUUUCUGCUAAGGUCCUGCGGGCUUGGAAGUCUUUGGCUAAAAAGAUAAUAUGCAAGGUGGCCAGACAACGUGUUGCUAAUCGUCGAGACAAAAUGAUAGUAGCGAAACGUGCUGCUCGUGAAUGUGCACGUUUAUUACGCCAAAAAGCAUUACUUUCUCAAAAAGCUUCUAGAGAUUCAAUAAGUCGUGGACAUCGUCUGUCACGUGAAAUUGCAUUAAAUUGGCGUAGCUCGGCAUCUAACAUAGCCAAUGGCUCUGGUCCCCUUACAAUUAAUGGUGUAACUAUGCCAUCCAGUUCAAAUACCACUAAUUUUUCAUCCCUUGUGGAUCUAUCCGAUUGUUAUGCUUCAGUUUUAACUGAGACUGGAACUAUGGAACUGGGCGUAUCUGCAGCAAUGGUAGAGUCUAGUACAGCUGCACGCCGGAGAGCAGAGAAAGCUGCAGCUGAGCAACGUAAAGCUGACUUGGAACUUUUGGAGGCAAGAAGACAACAACGAAAACUGAACUUUUUAAUCACGCAAACGGAAUUAUAUGCUCAUUUUAUGGCUAGAAAGAUGGCAGAUGUGAAUGCUGAUAACUGUAAAUCAGAGGAUUUUACUAGUACGUGCGGUUCUGAGAAUCCUGAAGUUGUGUCCAGCAGUGCUGGUCAGGAGGAUAUUCAGGAAGCGGAAACUCGUAGAAUAUUACGUCGACUUGAAGAAAUUGAUGAUUCUGUGGAAAGAAGAAUAAAUGAUGAUUGGACUGAUACUGCAUCCGAUAUCUCUGUUGCAUUGGACUCUGGUCAAAAUGAUCGAGAUUGUGCUGGUGCAUCUUUUUCACAUACAUUGAAAAAAUCUUGCAGUUCAAUAGCAGUAGCUGCAAAGGCAGCAGCUAGUCGGUUGGGUAUUAACGCUGAGGAAGAGUAUGAUAUUGAACGAGUGAAGUCUGAAGCCCUAAUGAAAGUCAAAACAGCUGUUACAAUUGAGCGUAAUCGUGUAUCACAAUUUAAUCCGAUACCGAUCAACCAAAACUUAAACAUUUCAGCAAGCGUCAAUACAGAUGCUAGUACAACGUCUACACUAGUUGAAGCACCGAAAUUAUUCAAAGGUCAACUAAAGGCUUAUCAAAUUCGUGGUUUGAAUUGGCUUCUUGGUUUAUUCGAUCAAGGCAUCAAUGGAAUUUUAGCAGAUGAGAUGGGAUUAGGAAAAACUAUACAAACUGUUGCAUUUCUUGGGUGUCUGGCUGAAAAUUACAAUAUUUGGGGUCCAUUUUUAAUCGUUACACCAGCCUCAACAAUGCAUAAUUGGACACAAGAAUUCGCUAAAUUCCUUCCAGCUUUCCGUUUAGUCCCAUAUUGGGGUUCACCGACGGAGCGUAAAGUUCUGCGUCGAUUUUGGUCAUCUACACGGUCGUCAAACGACGGUGAAUCCUUUGAUGAAUCAGGUGAUAUUACUGCUGGGCAGGCUGGAACCAAAGACUCUGAACUUCAUGUUGUGAUAACAAGUUACCAAGUUGUCUUACAGGACGCGAAAUUCAUCAAUAAAACUUCAUGGUCUUACAUAGUUCUGGAUGAAGCUCACGCUAUUAAAAGUACAUCAAGCCUACGUUGGAAAAUUUUACUAUCUUUUAAGUGCCGAAAUCGUCUUUUACUCACUGGAACUCCGAUUCAGAAUACAAUGCAGGAACUAUGGGCAUUGUUACAUUUUAUAAUGCCUACUCUAUUUGAUUCACAUGAUGAAUUUGCUAAUUGGUUUUCGCGUGACAUUGAGUCUCAAGCUAGUGAAACAGCUAGAACAGGUGUUAGUAGUGGCAGUGGUGGUGGGACUGGAGCUUUGAUAACUUCAAAACUCAAUGAAAACCAAUUAUCACGUUUACACUUAAUUUUAAAGCCAUUUAUGCUACGUCGAACGAAAACUGAAGUUGAACAUGAAAUAUCUACAAAGACUGAAAUCAUGUUAUAUUGUCCGUUAAGUCAUCGACAACAGAUACUUUACGAACGAUUACGGAGUAAGAUUCGUCUUGAAGAUCUCAGCUCUAUCAUGUAUUCAAACACAGUGACAUCGGAUACAUUUUCCUCUUCUUCCGCUUCUACUAAUCCUAAUACUAUUGACAAUCCGAAUUCAUCAUCAGCAACAGCGCAUUUAAUUAAUUUAGUUAUGCAAUUAAGAAAAGUGUGCAAUCAUCCAGAUUUAUGGGAACGUCGUGAUGUUCAUUUCUCCUGUAUAAGUGGACAAGCAGAACCGAGUAGUUGUUUCAAUUUAAGCAAUUCACAAAUGAAAUGUGGCCAUAUUAGUAAUAAUAACUAUAGUGCCAACCAUAGUCAACAUAUAACUUGGAGGUUACCGAAUUUGUUGUAUGAAGAAGAUGCUUUAUCAGCAUUCAGCUGGAGACGGAGAAGUUUAAAUCGUCUAUAUUCGAAAUGGCCAAUAUCGUUUGAAUGUUAUUCAUUUGGUUUACUGAUCACUAUUGCAAAGUAUUUUUGUCUGCAUCAUCCUAACUAUAUUCAAGACGAUUUAUGGCAUCACGAUGAUGAGGAACCAGAUUUAGGACCAGCCUGUGCUACUAAGCAGAAAAUAAAUCGUUCAAAUUAUGUAACUAAAUGUUUUUCAUUCGCCCGUUUAUUGGGUUUAUCUAUCAGUGGUUAUGUGGAAAUGAUUCGAACUGGUGGCUUAUCAUUUUCGGAGUUUGAAUCUUUUUCAAACUAUGAAUGGACAAAAUGUGCAGAAAGUAUGAUUUUACGGAAUGAUUUUGGUGAACAAGAGGAGACCGCGAGUACGAAAGUUUCAUCUAUGUUAAGGUUGGAUCCAUUCUUCCCUAUGAGUUCUGCUCGUACAUCAUCUAGUUUUAUAACUGUACUACCUCAUCUCCGUGGUCUUCUCCUCUAUCCACUCGACUGUGAACCUUCGAUCUUUCAACCUCAUGUACCUUCAGUGUUUAUUGAUUCUCCGGGAAUAAGACCGUAUAUUCCAAAUUUUGUCUCGACUGCAACAACCCACAAGGUAUUAAUUACUCCACUCACUCCAUUCAUAAAUACUUUCAAUUUUGAUACAUCUCAUGUUCAAUCAAUACCACAAUCUCCUGAUGUCAACUUAAAAUUACGAGAAAUUAAUUUAGCCUUACCGUUACCUAGAAGUUUAGAGCUAGUUUCACGUGCUACACGUAUUUCAGAUUCGGGUAAAUUAACUGCUUUGGAUAACCUACUCACUGAAUUAAAAUUGAAUGGACACCGUGUAUUAAUCUAUUCACAAAUGACACGUAUGAUUGAUAUAUUAGAGGAGUUCAUGUUAUAUCGUAAGCAUGCAUAUCUACGUCUCGAUGGUUCAUCACGUCUAUCUGAUCGUCGUGAUAUGGUUUCCCAGUGGCAGACUAAUCCACGUUGGUUUGUUUUCUUAUUGUCAACUCGUGCUGGUGGUCUUGGUAUUAAUUUGACCGCAGCUGACACGGUUAUAUUUUAUGAUUCUGAUUGGAAUCCAACUGUCGACCAACAGGCAAUGGAUCGAGCACAUAGGUUAGGUCAAACAAAGCCGGUUACAGUCUACAGACUUAUUUGUAAAAAUACAGUAGAAGGUCGUAUGCUUCGUCGUGCAGAAGAGAAGCGUGCUAUGCAACAAAUGGUGAUUCAUUCAGGUCAAGGAGAAUUAGGUAAUCUAUUGCCUAAUGUUGCAAGCCGAUCAGGUGCAACAGAUCACAUAACUUCAUCUGAUAUGGUUUCUUUAUUACUUGAUGAUGAUGAAUUGGUAAAACGACUUCAGGUACGCAAACGAUUACAACCUCAGCGGGGUCGCCCAUCUAAAAGUCAAGCAGCUAAUCGUUUACUAGUCUCUUCAACUGUUAAAGGGACGCCUUCAACGGUCAAUCUAUGUGGAAAUACUUCAAGCAUGGAUACUGAAUUACCUGUAACUGGACAACCGUCAGGAAUUGUUAACUCUGUGGAGUCAAGUGUAUCUGUUCAAAAAACAAUAGAUAUUAUUACUGUUGAUUCAGACUUACUUGAAAGGAAACGUCAAGCUGCUUGGGCAGAACAAUCUCGAGGUGGUCGCCUCAAGAAGAUUCGUCCAUUAGAAGCAAUUGGACCAACUACAAUAUCUGCAUCGAAUGAUAACUGA